AUGGCUAAAUGCGUUUGGGCUCUCCUUGACGAGCAGCUCACUGAGCAUGUUAUAAUGAAUUCCAUGCCGGAUGCCAAGGUCUGGCUCUUCAUGCUCAUGGAGUCUACUCCGAAAUGUGAUAUGGCUGUUAUACUGACUACACUCUGGGCAAUAUGGUGGGCUCGAAGGAAAGCUAUUCAUGAAGAGAAGUUUCAGAGACCGCUGACCACUUUUGCUUUUAUUCAACGAUUCCUGAAGGAUCUUUCUCUAACGGAAGUUGCCACUGAUGGUGUUGUUCGUCCCUCUGCUGCGCAGCGUCUGAAUCAACGACCUAUCUCGGGGCGUUGGCUUCCACCACCUGAGGACUUCUUUAAAAUCAAUGUCCAUGCCGGGGUCGCCCGCUCUGGGGCCGGUGGUUCUUUCGCCGCUAUUUGUCGGACAGCUACAGGGAAGUUCCUGGUGGCUUCGACAAUUACGAUCGCGGGACUUUGUGAUCCUACUGCAUUGGAGGCUCUGGCGUGUAAUGAAGCUUUGUCGCUGGCUAUAGACUUGAAUAUCUCCCGCUUCUAUGUCUCUUCGGACUGCAUGUUGGUGAUCAAAAGUUUGGAGGAGAAGAACUUAUGUCACUAUAGUGCCAUCACCCGGGAAAUUCUGGAAAGGAAGUAG